AUGCCUACCAAUGCACAAUUCGAUGUUAGGGAAGAUAAUCAGCGAAAGCGGAGAGUCCAUAAAAAGUCACGAAAGGGAUGUCGGAACUGUAAACUACGGAGAGUCAAGUGUGACGAGACAAGACCAAAUUGUUUGAAAUGUAAAGAUUACGGAUAUGCAUGUAGUUAUGACUCCAAAACGCCAGAUUUAGAGUCUGUCUAUUCUGCAACAUCUAAAACGAUGGAAGCACUCAUUGGACCUAGACAAUUCUCAUGGUCUAUCACUCCCACUCCAGCCACACGAAAAUCCAGCAUCCCUAUCACUCUAGAACCGUCCUGCAUCAUCGGCGACGACAUCUCAUUUUUUGAGCUAGAUAGACAAAGCCUCUAUCGGUUAGAUCGCUUUCGUUACCGAACCGUCCUUUCACUCGGGACACCUACUGCUGCUGGUGUAUUCCAAGAAUUUUCACACACUAUGGCCUGUGCCCAUCCCUUUCUCAUGCACGCGCUUCAAACCCUAACUGCCUGUCACGAUCGAUACCUUACUCUUCAAGUAGCGACAUCCUCACAGCGCACACCAGUGGAAGCCUACCAUCUCUCUCGCGCCGCAUCUCUCUUUAAUCAGAAGCUUUGCGCACCCAUUGCAAAUCAUGAUAAGGAUGCUUUAUGGGCCACAGCAGCACUUCUUGGUGUUGUAGCCGUGUCAUCAAUUGAAGCUUCCUCGCCCUAUGAGGCGUGGCCUCUCACCCCAUACGCAGAUACCGAUCUCUAUUGGUUACGCAUGAGCGAGUCUAAAACCGUGGUCUGGGAGCUCACGAAUCCUAUGCGUGAAGAUAGUAUUUUCCACGUUCUCUCUACCGAGUACCACAAUACUCACUCCAAACGUGACGAGCAUCUUGAUCUUUCGGCUCUCCCCAUUCAUUUCGUGGAACUGUUCGAUUUAAACGAAUAUUCUACCGUUGCGAACAACCCAUACUACUCGACGAUCAUAUCUCUGGAGAGAAUUUUGCACAUUGAAUGCGAUCGUACAGCCAUGUUAUCAUUCCUUGGAUUCCUGACCCAUAUGUCACCUAGAUACAAGAUUCUCUUGAAAAUGAAAGAUCCGCGAGCUUUACUGCUAUUAUCCUAUUGGUAUGGGAAAGUCUGGAAACUGGUCUGGUGGGUUGAACGAAGAGCGAUUUUAGAAUGUCAGGCUAUAUGUAUCUGUCUGCAGAGAUAUCAUGCAGAUGAUACACUUAUACAAGAAAUGCUGUCGGUUCCAAAAAGGGAAUGCGGUCUGGUUGAUUAG